UCUUAAUCUCAAACUCACUAGUAUUAGUGAUAUCUGAAUGAUGCAGCAACCGAUAUUACAUUCACAAUUACCAUUUAAAACCUUAAUUUAUUAAUUUAUUUAUAGGGUAUUGUGACAUUACAUUCACAAUUACCAUUUUUGUUGCAUUUAUUCCAUUUAUACGCUCUUCCUGAUUCUUCUUCUUCUCCACUUUUCAAGGACAGAGAUCCAGCCGGCGAUUGUUAUCAACAAUUUCCAUCAAAAUCAUCGCAAUGUGAUUCAAACACUCAAAUCUCUCCCGUCAAAUUCAAAAUAAGGUAAGAAUAACAUUUACUUCUAUUUACGAUAUUACGAUCUGUAUUCCCCUUGCCCUCACUCACAGACGGCGACGGAGACGGCGACGGAAGCUCUUUUCCUCUCUCGGACGGACCAGUUCACCUUCCUCAGUUAGUUGAGAAUGGCGGGAAUAGCUAUAGCCUUGGAUCUGUUGAGGAAAAACACAAGUUUAUAUACGGCUCACUCUUCUGGAUUUAUUCCGGCCACGGCUGCUCCCUCUGCUGCCGCCGCCUCUGUGGCUGCGGGAACACCUUAUGCCUACAAAACUUUGUUUGGUUAUUUCAGGAUACCAAUUGUUCAAUGUGAUGCUGGUGCAGAGUUUUCUAAUAAUUACGCAACUAGUUUCAAAACUGCUUCUGAAAACUUGUUUCAGAAUGAUGCUCUUAGAUACAGUACCAAGGAGUACAGAAUUCAUUUAAAGCCUCUAUUUUCGGCUUUUGAGCUUAGGACACUAGCGAUGACCUCCUUACGGUCUUUAUUAAUGUUCUAUUUACCACUUUUGGAGCCUCGUACGAAUUUGGAUGCGGAUGAUGAUGAGUUCCUGCAGGAAUCUCAGGAAGAACAGCCUGUAGACUAUGUUGCUCCCUUAAAAAAAUCAGUAAUACAAAUCUGUCGUGAGACUACUAUUGUCACAACUAGAAGAAUUUUGGAAAGAAUGGCUGUCCAUCAUGUUUCCCAGCGAAUGGCAUGGAAACUCUUAAAAGAUGUUCCAAAAUCAGCCACACGCAAGGCCAGCAGAGGAAUGCCUGCUUAUGUUUUCUUUUUCAGAGUUGGCAAAACGACUUUCAGAGGACAUCUUCUAGGAGUUGCGGCAUCAUGGACUGUUCAAGUUGGCAUUGAGUUUUACCGAUUUAUCACUCGCUUGCUGAAUUUAAAAGAAGAGGGUGAUGAAGUCGAGCCAGCAGAACAAGUUAAACUUCUUGGAAAGAAGCUUUCUUCUACUACAAUCAAAUGCGGUUCAUCACUAGUUUUUGCUUCUAUUGGAGCUGGAAUUGGUGCAGUUUUAUUUCGCCCUUCAGCUGGUCAAUGGAUAGGCUGUGCGGCAGGGGAUUUGGUAGGGCCUAUUAUUGUAUCGACUUGCCUCGCCAUAACAUUUCUUUUCAGCUACUAACAUCGGAAAUUCACCUGUUCUUGGAUCUUGAAACCUAAGAUUCCAAAAAUGGCUCAGAUGGUGGGUUAGCAGAUUGGAUAUUUCCUUUGCCACCAGGCAUUGGCAGGUAAGUUAUCAACUUCACCUUUCUUCUUUCUUUGCUUCUGUGUAUUUGUAAUUUUUUGUGUUUUUGGUAAUUUUAGAAAGCUUUAGACCAAUUUUUAAAAAAUCUUGGCUUCACUGUGAAAUAUUUGAUGAGCUGUGACUCUACUAAUCAAGACCGUUAUUUCGGUUAGAAGAUUUACUGGUGUGAAAAACUUCCUCUUAUAGGUUGUUUAAUGCUUACAGUCGAUGUUGUUGCUGCCAUUGAUUAAAAAAGGAAUAAGAUUGAUUUUGGAGUAGUAGUAAGAAACAAGGAAGGACGAGUGCUUGCUGACUAGUGGUGCCUUGUUCAUGGAAUUUUAUUUCAUCACUGCUGCUGAAGGCCAAAAUUUGUUGCAUUCUCAAGUGGUGUUUGUUAAUCUCUUUACCAAUUUCAUAUGCUGAAGUAGCUAUAAGGUGAUUGUGGUCUAAAUAAUGCCUCCUCCUAAGGAUAUUGUUAGCGAGAUUAGAGCUUCUUUCCUUAGUCUCAUUCUUGCUUAUGUUUCAAGACAAGCUAAUCUUUUAGCUCAUAAAUUAGCAAAGAAAAGGUACUAGGACUAGAUAAUGAGUUGCUAUAAUCUCCACAUUAUUUAACUGUUGUACUUCUAAUUAUUUUAUCUGUAUGAAAGUUACUAAUUCUAAAAAAAAAGUCUUCUCAUUUUUCAACUAUUACGUAGUUUAUGGUUACAUUAGUUUUUCCAUAUAUGACAAACAUUGUUAUUUGCUGGGAACUAAUAAAUAUGAAUUUUAGUUACAAGUUGAUAGGUUAUUAAAUGAUAGAAGUUUGAGAUUCGCAUUAUUUUACCGUUGCGAAGAGUUCCUCUCCUUUAUCUAUAUAUACAAUCACUUUUGAUUAAGUGACAGAUGAAAACUGAGAACUAGAAGGUUCUUGUAAGCGAUCUUAGGGUGAUAGAAUCUUUCUGGGGAAAGUUCAUGUGGUUGUAAUUGGGAUCAUUGGGAUGUCUUUGUUUCUUGAAAAACAAGAGAAAAUUCAUCAACCUUCUCUGAUGAAAAUCAAUUGUAAAAAAUUCUUCUUGUUUAUUGAAUUGACAAGAAAGUGAUUUUUCUGCCUUGGAUAUAGUAUUGCACAUUGCAGUCUGAACCAAGUAAAAGCUGGUUGUGUUCUUUCUUUGUUCUUGUAUUUGCUCCUCAUCUGAUUUCUUAGUUCUGGAUAUUAUAAAAAUUGGAUGGGUUUAAAACCUCACAAAAAUUCCACUUUCAACAUUUUUUUUAACCUCUGAAUCUCUGUUUCACAAAGUGAUAAUUUUGUGUUUUUUGUUGAGUCCAGAGUUAAUGGUUUAAAUUAGCUUCCUUUGGC